AUGCAUGCAGAGAAUCAAAUUGUAGUGGCGGCAGAUGUAACUUGGUGCAUGGCCAGUGAUAAUUUGCCUGGUGGCAAGGGCCUGGGACCAGUAUGUGGUUGUUGUAACCAUGCAAAGUACAUGGUGUGUGUUCUGGUGGUGCUGAUAGAGGCAGCAGCUAGCAUCGCAGUGUGGUACACACAGUGUUCCUGCUUGUUGAGUGGCAUCAUGUGGCAGGGGUGGCCUGGAGUGCAGUGUGGCUGUUGUCAGUGUGAUGUUGUCAUGGUGAAGCGACAUGGGUUGCAGAGCAGCCAUAAUAAGUGUGACAUCACCCAGCUCAAGCAGUGCACCAUUGCUGGCACAACCAAAUUAAUUUGGUGCAAUGUAUCUCAUAGAUUUGAACACAGACCAAGAGCAUCUUCGAAACAAAUAGCAGUUUUUAUUUCUUGCACCACAGCAGUUUUAGUAUACCAUUCAUUUUCUGCAAAUAUUGUGGCGGAAAUUACAGUAGACCAGCACAGAGUUCCAUUUGGUUCACUGGAUGAUCUCUUACAAGACAGCACUUACACAUUGGGAGUUACAGCUUCAUCUGGGAUCCUGGAUUACUUUAAUGCAGCAACAGAUGGCCCUACAGCAGAGGCAUACCGGCGGUGGCUAGCACCAUCUUUGGGCUGCCUACCUCCCUCCGAGUGGGCAGGACUGCACAAGGUGUGCUCAGACAUGGAGCAUGGGUCAGGUCACUAUGCAUUUGCAGCUGCUGAGCUGGUAGCCCAGCAUUUCUCCCAUGAGAACCCCGACUGCCGCCUGGUGGCACUGCCACAGCCACGCACCCUACAGGCAUUUGCCUUUGCGUUGCCGAGGAACAGUCCCUUCCGUGAUGUCAUAAACUAUAAGCUGCUGGAGAUGUGGCGUUCUGGACGCAUGCAACGUCUGCGUGCGCAGCACUCACACCAAGGUGAUGUCACAGAUGCGGGACAGAGCUUCUCAGCUGUUGGCAUUCCACAGACAUUGGUGCUAGUCCUGCUCUUGGUGGGAGGCAUACUAAUAGCAUUGCUUGUGCUGACAGCAGAGAUAGUUAUGAAAGUGACAUUGCGAAGGAUACCCGCAGGUGGUUUCUACAGGAGGAAAUUACUGUUCUGA